AUGGUCCGCGGAGGCCGCAGGGAGGUCCGCGGCGUCAGCGCCCAGGCUGGAAAAUCCCCGGCCAGCAGGAGCAGCGCGGGCCAGCCCGCUCCCGGGCCCUGCUCCGCCUCCUCCGCUCCCGCCGCCGCCGCCCCCGCCCCCGCCCCGGUCCUAGCUUGCAGCCAGCCGCACGGAGCCGCGCAGCGCCCGGGACGCGGCCAGGGGCGUGGAAGUGUGCGGGGUGUACGCGUGUGUCUGUGUGUGCGCGUCUGCGUGUGCGCACGGCAGGGCGGCGGGACGCGUCAGGGCCCGGUGGUCGGCAUUUGGGGUCUACCGGUCCCCUGCUACCACAAAUUAUGCGGUCGAGUUUCUCACAUUUGGAGAAUCUUAGAGGUCAGCACAUCCAGACAAGCUGCCCUGGAAAACCACCUUCGUGAUCAUUUUAUCUCCCCUGCCAGACAACUCGAAAUCAGGCCGUUAUGCAGCUCACUUUUGAUUACACUGAACAGCUCCAGGCGACCGCCCCGCUCUCCUGUGAAGAAGAGCAGCGUGCUGGGCGUGCUGGGCGGUGACGGUUUGGCAGGCAGAAAGGGUCCCUGCACCAGCCUUUUUAAGUGGGUUCGUUCCUGCUGCGGGACCCCCGCUGCGUGCCUGCAGCAGACCUGGCUCCGCUGCGCUCUGCCACCCUCUAGCGGCUCCUCUGCCAAGCUGCCCUCUGGCUUAGAGACGUCCCGUUUCCAAAGAUGGGACUGAGCUGGACUUGGUAUCCUGAAACACUUCGUGGUCUCAAACCUUUUAUUCCAUUACGUAUUAUCCUGUGUUGAUUUUAGCUCGUUAAAAGCACUUGACAUAAAGAAUUUAACGCAUGUUCUUGUUCUAGAUUUCAAUACAAUUAAGAUGUCUCAUGUAUCUUUUAACUUCUCCAACUGUGGCUUCUGGUUGGUGAAAUGUUAUGAUCGAUUACAUCUGGAAAACGAAAUUGCCUACUCCAUCAAAUUCCCGGACGUUAAUAAGUGAUGGAUUUAGGGGGCUAGAUUUUUGGUCUCAGAAGGCAGUUUCCUGUUAGUAAAACGGAUUAGUAUUAAGA